GCCGCCAUGACCGCCCCGCCGCCCGCCCCCAUCCCCGUCCCCGGCCCCGGCGACAUCGACGCGCCCGAGGGCGCGGGCGAUGCCGAGACCACCCAGCCGCCGCGCACCGAUGCUACGAUUGAAGCGACCCAGGCUAUCGCCAGCGCUAUCGCCAGCGAAACGAAGACACAGAGCGAAGAGCAGCCCGUGUACGUCGGCACGGGCACGCCGCCGCCGGGCGCCGCGUCCUUGCUUCCCGAGGAGGGGGGCGAGGCUGCGCUUGCGCGCGCGGCGCGCGGCGCGACAGCGCUCGCGAACCAGGUCGCGGGGCAUGCGGGCGUCAUGGUUGACGAGAGCGGAAGCCUGGUGAUCAAGCCCGCGCUCCCCCGCGAAAUCGCGUUCUAUCAGCUCGUGCAGACGUCGCCGCGCAGCGCGCCCCUCGCGGGCCUCAAACCCUUCCUCCCCAAGUUCUACGGCACGCUCGCGCUCACGGGCCAGCUGGAGGGCGGGGCGAUCGCGCCGCUGCCCGGCGCCACGAAUGUGCCCGAGAGCAUCGUGCUCGAGAACCUGACGUACCGCUUCGCGCGGCCGUGCGUGCUCGACGCCAAGCUCGGGACGGUGCUGCACGCGCCGGACGCGAGCGCGGAUAAGAAGGCGCGCAUGAUCAAGAAGGCGGGGGAGACGACGACGGGGUCCGCCGGCCUGCGCCUCACGGGCGCGUCGACGUGGCAUGCGCCCUCGCGCGGAUACAUCAAGACGCCGCGCGGGUUCGGGUACGCCGCGACGCUCGCGGACCUGCCGGAGGGCAUGCGCCGCUUCUUCCCCCUGCCGAAGGAUGCGUUGCCGUUCCUCUCAGACGAGGGCGAGACGGGCGAGGCGUAUACGGACCACGCGACGCCGCCGCGCCUCGCGGCCCGCUUGCUCGCCGAGCUCGACGGCGAGCUCGCGCGCCUCGAAGACGCGCUCGGCCGCAUCGAGCUGCGCGCUGUCGGCGCAUCCGUCCUCGUCGUGUAUGAGGGCGAUGCGGAGCGGCUCGCCGCCGCGUUCGAGCGCUUCGACCGCCGCCGCGUCACCCUCGCGGCGAAGAGCCUCUCCCAGGACUCGGAGGAGGAGGGCGAGGAGAGCGAGGAGAGCGAGAGCGAGGACGAGGACGAGGACGACGAGGACGACGGCGACGGCGCGGCCGCGGACGCGCGCCGCGCCCGCACGUGUCCCCCCAUUGUCGUUAGGCUCAUCGACUUUGCCCAUACGUGGCUCGAGGAGGGCGAGGGUCCGGACGAGGGCGUGCUCCUCGGUCUCCGCACGCUGCGCGGGCUCGUCCAGGCUCGUCGUGCCGAGGUCGAGGCUGCGAUAGCGUGAGCGGAGGAGUUUUCAUAGUCGUAGUGUAUGUUUUGGGAAGUUGUUCUGCAGAGGUGGUUUAUGGAUGGAGAAUGAGCGAAGGUGAG